UAUUAUUAAAAUAAACCAAAAACAAAAAAACAGCAAGAGUCGUACACCGUGAAUCUUAGGGCGAUAUCUGCAAUCGAAAAAAUUGCAGCGAAGCAAAGUUAAGUGCAAAAUGUGACAGCCAGGUGUUUGCUGGAUUUGUUUUUACAGAUAUGAGAAUGUCCUCGUCCAUGUACGAGGUGUUCAAUUGGAAUUGCACACCCGAUCCCCCCUUAACUCCUGCAAAAAACAAGAGAGCGAGCCUCUCUCUGCCCCCUAUGGUCGACAUCUUCUCAAUUGACGAUAUGUCAAUGGUCGACGACGCUAGGCGUCCGAUGGUACACCGGGGGGCAAGCGGUGAAGAUGCGGAGUCGACAUUGGGUGAGGGAAACCCAAGUGGCGGUGACAAUGGCAGUGGCGUCAACGGCGGCGGCGGCGGCGGUGGCGUGGGUGGUGGUAGCAGCGGUGGCGGUGGCAACGGCUGCUGCGGGACCCGUUACGCGAACCGUCGGCGCACCGAUCUCAUGCCGACGAUACCCUCGCCGAGAGACCGGGACGCGAGCGCCCCCACGUCCGGUAGAUCCUCGAGCGCCAAAUCGUUCACGCGCAGCCCAGGUAGGACAUACUCGAUGUCGAGGCUGGACCAGCUGGCCCAGCCCCGCAGGCGUACUGUACCGCUGCCCCAGGCGGAGCAGCAGUACCAGCGGCAGCAGCAACAGUCGCAACAGCAUCAGCAACAUCAGCAACAGAGCCUCGCAGCUUCGAGCAUGAGCCGCAGCAUGUCGCACCUGGCAACGGCGCAAGCCGCACGUGGGGGGCCUCGCCAAGGGCCCCUCAAGCGCACCGAUAACUCGCGUAGCAUGGGCACGUUGCCGGGAGUCGGUGUGAGUACGUCGGUAACGAGGCCCACCCGGGCUGAGCGGCUCAGGCGCAAGGCGCGCGAGCACCAGAGCCAGGCCCAGCUCCAACAACCGACAGGUGUCCGGAGCGGCGAGGCAACGCCUAACAGCCCGUCCCGGCCGCAGAGCUCCAUGAGUCAGCAGAGUGCUACGAGCAGCGUCGCCAGCAGUAGCGUGAACCUCCGCCCGCGCACUAGCACCCCGAGGCGCCCGAGGCCCGCUUCAAUUGCCGGCACUGGCGUUACUGUCACCGCUGAACGCAACAGUGAGCAUGGCUUUUACUACCCUACCACCCCCAUCCUCCCAUCACCCCAUACAACGAACGAUGCGAAGGCGCAGAAAGACUCGAAACCGCCACUGCCGAAGACCCACAGCGUGACCAAGAAGUCCAUCUCAUCGAGCAUGAUAAAGUCAUCAUCAGCGGAGCGCAAGUCCGACAAAUUCGUAACGACACCGAGGAGUAGCCGAGCUUCGCCACGCGCCACUCCCAAGGCUACGCCCCUCCAGAGUCCCGGUGUCGAGCAGCCAGGUCUUAUAGCCCUAGAUAUCAAGGAGUCCAAAGAUCGAUUUGAGAAUGCGAAGAAGGAGAUAAGUAAUGAGAAGAUGCAGGUUAGUCUUUAA